AAAUCUAAACACUCUCAACUUUCCCUUUCCCCCCCUCAGGCGAGAAGUUCACCGAAUCCCAGCACUAUCGUUUCAGCCGCCGCUCCGACCACCACAGACGGUGGUCGAAGCCCUCAACCAAACCCAAAACACUCAUCUCUCUCCGAUCUACCCUCCUUACACCGGACCUCACACCGAAAACUCCAAAAAGAAACCUUGGAUCUACUUGAAAAGAACUUGACCUUUCGUAUGCCUCGUACUCCAGCGACCCUCGACGGCGAAGCAACCCCUACUCACCCCAAAACCGCAAAACCUAUCCUUUAAAAGCUAGAUCUACUCCUAAAACCAACAUGCAAAACACCUUUGAACCCCUAGAAUCCUCUAUCUCUUCGACUCCCUCACUAUCGACCUACAUCGGCGACCCCUACUCCGGUGAUACUCCCUUCCUCGGGAAUCAGGGUAUGAUGGGCGUUGGUGUUGAAAUAUGGGAGUUGGUGGAAUUGAUGUUCAAGUGGGGGCAAAAAGGUGAUAUUACUCGUGAUUUUACAGUGUGUACCUCUACUGUAACUACCUCAUGGAUGCUCAAUGCCAACUUUUUUUCGGAUAGACAGUGGAGAAUCCUGUCAUGUCCCAGUGUGAUGAAAGGAAGAGUAGUUGUCGAUACACGUGUUCAAAGCCGUUGAAAGAGCAGCAACCCCUAUAGUGUGUCCUCACAUUUGGGAAGAAGAAUCAAAUGCAAGUUGGUGGGCGCAAUACAAAGAUAUUGCCUCCCCCGAAAGCCAUCACAUUCUCGAUCU